AUGUCGAAAUUCGCACCGCAUCCUCGAACAGCUAACCAGCCUAGAGCAGACGCCUCCACUGUUUGCCAGAAGUGCCUCGGCACAGGUCAUUUCACCUUCGAAUGCAAAUCCACACGCCCUUACAUUUCACGCCCGUCCCGUACACAGCAGCUGGAAAAUCCGCGUGUGCUCGCAAAGUUGAAGGUGGAUGGGAAGCCGUCUGUUGAGGUCCCGGAGGAGUUCAAGAGCAAGACUGGUACAGCGAACCGCAUCCUAGAGGCAAAAGAGAAGGCACGAGCUCAGGAGACGGAGCACAAGGGCGACGUGUCCUCAUCGAAGAAGAAGAGGAAGCAUUCGUCGGAUUCCGAGUCCAACUCGGACUCAGACUCGAACUCAGAGUCAGAGUCAGACAGAGAUUCUGACUCUGAUUCCGACUCCACUUCUAGUUCAUCUACCUCCUCGCACUCAGGCUCCAACUCAGACUCAGCAUCAUCCAGGCGUAGGCGGGAAAGGAGCGCGAGUGCUCAGAGAAAAAGCAGAAGCCGGAGUCCCAGCCGCAGCAGGAGACGGUACUACUGA